AUGGCUAUAGCAUUUCUAUUUCUGAUCAUCAUCUCCCUCCUCCAAUGCCCAUGCCACGUCCAGGGAACCAACAACAUUAAUGCCGUCAUCCAGGCGUUGACGGGCAUUUCUUUACCGCCGGUGCCGGCGCCGGCACCAUCACCCCAUCCAUGUCUCAAUGAUAGCACUAGCCAAAAUGUUCUGCUAGCGACUAAAAAUCUUCGUCAAAACAUUACAAACGACCCACAAAACUUCACCAGUACUUGGGAAGGCUGCGAUUACUGCUCCUUCAUGGGAUACUAUUGCGACAUCGUUCCCGACAAGAACACCAUUGGACUCACCAGCAUCGACUUCAACCACGCCAAUUUCAGCGGAAACCUAGUUUUCGACGAUUUCAUCCAAAACUUAAAGGACGUUGCCAUCUUCCACAUCAGCUCUAACAACUUCUCCGGCCCCAUUUCUUCCAGUUCAAUAUCCAAUCUACGUUAUCUCGACGAGCUGGACCUCAGCAACAACAACUUCGCCGGCGAAUUCCCGAAAUCCCUUCUGGGCGCCGCCAAAUUGACAUUCUUGGACCUCCGUUUCAACCAAUUCAGUGGGUUGAUCCCGGCUGAGCUGUUCGACAUGGACAUCCGAGUCCUGUUCCUCAACGACAACGACUUCUCCGGCCGUAUUCCCGACAACCUUGGUAACACGUCGGCUCUGUACCUUUCCCUCGCCAACAACAACUUCAGCGGCGGAAUACCCAGGAGCAUCGGCCACGCUCCGAACCUUCUGGAAGUGCUAUUCCAGAACAACAAGCUGAACGGCUGCCUUCCUUACGAGGUUGGGUUCUUGAGCAAUCUGACGCUCUUCAAUGUCGGGUCGAACUGGUUGACUGGUCCGAUACCGAAAUCGUUUGGGUGUUUGGCAAGUGUGAAUGAACUGGUUCUGGCCGACAAUGAGUUCUAUGGCGAGGUGCCGGAUACGCUGUGCAUGCUUCCGAACCUUACGAAUUUGGAUUUGUCGGGUAAUUUCUUUACGAGCGUGGGCCCGAUUUGUCGGAAACUGUUCUUUGCGGGGAUGGUGAACGCGACGAUGAACUGUAUUUCGGAACUUCCAGAUCAGAGAUCGGGUUCUGAUUGCACCGCUUUCGCCCCCAAGAGCAAAUAUUCGUGCCCAUAUGAGAGCACGUUUAGCAUCGUCCCCUGUGAUGCAUCUUCGUCUUCGAAAGGUAUUAUAAGCUCUGUUGCUGCCAUGGAAGUUGAAAGAGGAGGUCCGAAGCGGACCUAUGCUGCCCUUAAAAGGAACUCGGUCCAAUAUUAA